UUCGAUGCAUUAUUUCGUGGGGACUGCUCUCUGGAGGCGAGAGGAAUAGAUGCCAUGACACCAGACUGUAAAAACUGGUGGACUCCCACAGCUCAGUAUUACUACAAGCAAGCAAGUCGGUGUCCCACAAUUGAGCCUCCGGAGCUCGGUGAGGACUACGCAUUCAUUCCCAACCGGAAUAUUGACUCGGACUUCUUGCAUGUGCUGGCUGCGACGUCGGCAUCCUACGAAGCCUUCCGUGCUCUUCCCGCGUCGCAGAGAAAUCGCGUGCUGCCCACGCUCAACUAUACAGCAGAACAACUGUUCUUUGUGGUGAACUGUGCUUUACGUUGUUGUGAUGACAAAGCUAACCGUGCUGCCGACGACAACUUAUUUUGCGAAGCUGACAUCUUCUUCUGCGCAAUGUCAUCCGGCUGCAACAGCGUUGCCAAGCGGAUGCCCGAGUUUGCCGCAGCCUUUCACUGUGCCGCAGGAUCCAAGAUGAACCCACGUGACUCGUGUGCGUUUUGACCACUGCUUGCCUUCUGGGACAUUCGAACAAGUGCCUAAGACAGAAGUGAUUGGGGGGCUAGUUCUCGAUAUUAUGGCAGUUCUUCUAUUCGUGUUAGGUUACUUUCUCGACAUGUUGGUAUUAUGGUCAAAUGGUCAAUAUUCGCUUUGUUUGCGCAUUACGAUGGAGUAAUAUUGAUUACUUUGUUAAGUGUUCUUCAGUUAAGUUUACUUGAGUGCGCAUGCUAAUGACACGAUGACUUGAAGUUAUGAUUACGAAGAUUACGAUUUGUGUGUACACAGAGUUGUCCGGAGAUUUUGUACUGUG